CCAGGCGACACCGCAGGAGGUUCUCUGCUCAGAGGUUUCACUGCAGCGCCAGCCAGCAGGGACCAGGGCUCUCUGCCGGUCUGGAGAAACCUUUUGAGCUGGGCCCAGAUGUGACUGCAGGGUGAUCAAAAGGUGACAGCUCCCACCAGACACAAGUCACUCAGCUGAGUAGGACCAAGAAACAGGUUUGUGGUGAGUGAGCAGCAGACACCAACCUGAGAGGCCCACACCUGUGAAGACUCUUCUGGUCAGAGGACAACGGAUACCCUUCCUCCUGGGCACCCCCAUCCCACACGUCUGACCCGCUGCUGAACCUACCCAGCUGCCUGAGGCUGAGAAGACUGAACUGAAGGGCGGAUGGCUUCAACCGGCCUUGAACUCCUGGGCAUGACUCUGGCCGUGCUGGGCUGGCUGGGGACCCUGGUAUCCUGUGCCCUGCCCCUGUGGAAGGUGACUGCUUUUAUCGGCAACAGCAUUGUGGUGGCCCAGGUGGUGUGGGAAGGGCUGUGGAUGUCCUGUGUGGUGCAGAGCACGGGCCAGAUGCAGUGCAAGGUGUACGACUCCCUGCUGGCGCUGCCCCAGGACCUGCAGGCUGCCCGAGCCCUCUGCGUCGUAGCCCUCCUGCUGGCCCUGCUGGGCCUACUGGUGGCCAUCACAGGCGCCCAGUGUACCACAUGUGUGGAGGAUGAGGGCGCCAAGGCCCGCAUUGUGCUCACCGCAGGGGUCCUCCUUCUCCUCUCAGGCAUCCUGGUGCUCAUCCCCGUCUGCUGGACAGCCCACGGCAUCAUCCAGGACUUCUACAACCCACUGGUGGCUGAGGCCCUCAAGCGGGAGCUGGGGGCCUCUCUCUACCUGGGCUGGGCAGCAGCUGCACUACUCAUGCUGGGUGGGGGGCUCCUCUGCUGCACAUGCCCCCCACCCCAGAUUGAGCGCCCCCGUGGUCCGAGGCUGGGCUAUUCCAUCCCCUCCCGCUCUGGUGCAUCUGGGCUGGACAAGAGGGACUAUGUAUGAAGCAGGGGACUUCUCAGGAGCAUCUGAGCUUUGGCUUCUACUUUUGUCUUCUACCGCUGCCCACUCCCCAGGAAAGCCAUUCUUAUAAAGCUCAGAUAACUUGGCUCCAGGAUCAGUCUCAGCCAGCCUAGCUGAACCAACCCUCAGUGGUCCCCACCUCAUAGAACCAGGGCCAAAGCCCCCUCCUUCCCUCUAUAAUUAUUCUCUUCUGCUGUCCAGGACAUGAGCCUUCCCCUUCCCCAAGGAACCUGGGGUCCACCCAAAGGGUAGCAGCUCCUUGCCUCCAAAAUAAGGAGCCAAACCUGUCCUGGAGCUCAUCCAUUCUGGCCCAGCCAAUACUUGUAUCUAAGAAACCUGGGGCCAGGCCCUUUGGGAGUAGUCAGCCCACAUUCCCUACCUUCUGUGAUCAGAAUAAAAAGAGAACGUGUAAUUGGG